AUGCCCUCUUCACGCCCAAUCCCCACCCGCCGCCGGGUCUGGCUCGCCUGCACAACUUGCCGCGCCCGGAAGACGCGCUGCAACGCAGCGAAGCCAAAGUGCAGCUUGUGCGCGGCACUGGAUGUCGAAUGUGUCUACCAAGACUCCCAGCAGCCACGAAUCGAUCCCACCGCGAAACUCCUCCUUGAUCGCAUUCAGGCGCUGGAGGAUCGACUUUUCGCUUCGCCAGCUCUCUCUGCGUCCCGAGAGCGACAUGCGGAUACCCUAUUGCCGAGCGGGAGAGAUGGUCAGAUGACGGGCAGGGGGUCACCUCCACUCGGAGCGCAGGAAAAAGAACCGGAAACUGAUCGCGACAUCCCCUUCCCUUAUCAUCACACAGCCGGCGCGAACCACCUCCUAAACUGGCCUGUCAUCUGUGAGAUCUUUUCCCGCGCCGGACAGAACAGAAUACGUACAUAUAUCUUGCCCCAUUCGGCUACGGAUGUCUUUUUCGAAGCACCUACCGACCCGCCAGCAUCAACCUACCCACACGAGUCAUGGCGCCUCUUCGAUACCGCCGUUCACUCUAACGUGAACGUGGAAAACUUCAUCUCGCUCAUCCAUGCGUAUUUUGGAGAGGUUAAUCUAGUCUACCCAAUACUCUCCCGCAGCGAGAUCCUCCGCGUUUUUGAGAAUGUCGUUGCCAGUUUGCAGUCGGCUGGCCCUGCCUGCCGCGCUGAACCCGAACCCGUAGCACACUACUGCCUCCUGUUGUUAGUUCUGUGUCUGGGUGCAUUCAUCCGUCGAGGGGGCAAUCAGGUUCGCCUCACGGACGGGCAGGCGGUUGACGAUGGGGAUAAAUGCAUAGAGACCUUGGACGGCAGCCUAUGGAAAAAGGCUAGUCUGCUCCUCGGUUAUAUUUCGUCAACUGUAGCUCUGGAAGCAGCGCAGUGCUCUAUGAUCGCAAGUAUCUACAUGGGCGCCCUUGGUCGCGUCGCGGAUUCAUACCACUGGGCACAUGCGACGUCCGUCAAGUGCGCCCAUCUAGUUAAACGAACAUCCUCCCCGUCCCCCUCAAACCACGCUGACGCCUUCCCGGAACCUCUCCGCCGCCUCUACUGGGUCGCGUUCAUAUACGAGUGUGACUAUGGCUCCGAGAUAUCUAUAAACCUCCCCUCCGGAAUGGCCAUGCACGAGGAUACCGUUCCCUAUCCAGGCCAAUGCGCUUCUUUGCGCGACACCACCGCCAAUACACUGCCUCCCACUCCGUCAACAGCCAGCUCUUUGAGUACGCGCGAUCCCAACGACGAGUUCGUGGUCUUCCAACUAACCACGAACGCCGCAAUACGCCGCUUCCUGAAUCGCGUACAUAGCCUCGUGUAUACCCAUCAAGAACAUAGGCAUCGCGCCCCUUGGCUCCUGAACAUGACGGACGAGUUCUCCGCGUACCACGACGCGAUAUACAAGCAUGUGCCGGAAUUUUUGCUUUCGCCGCAACGCGGACAGCGUAACCACCAAAAGCUCUCCCCGCCGAACACUGUCACCACCUGUUCUCCAAGCAUGGGCAUGGGCAUAGGCAAUGAGUCCUGGAAUGUACUGCGGCUGAGGGGUCGGUACUACGCAUGCCAGCAUAUCAUCCACCGCCCCCUGGUCGAAUAUGUCCUGGGGAACAGCGCGAGUUUCCACGCGGAUCCAGAUCGGGAUGUUAUCCUGGGCAAGUGCCGAUUGUGUCUCCUGGGCUGUAUCGGCUUCAUCGAUGUUUUUGAUGUCGAGGAUGUGAAUAGUGUUACGUGUCUUUUUGCGACGGGGCUCGCUUACAUCAUAAUCCUCCGCGUGGCGACCAUCUGUCCGCACUUUACGUCUAUUAUCCCCGACAACAUCGAGGAGGUGAUCGCGACGGGGAUGCGCAAUCUUCGCAGGUUCAGUGUCAGUAUUAAGGAGUUCCGCUGGCAUUUGGGGUUUCUGGAGGAGAUGAAUCGGUCGUGCGGACAUUGA